AUGUCACAGCCUGCGGUCGCUAGACGGAUCGGUCAUCACCAUCACCUCAAUACACCCGAACAACGACAACAAGUCUUUGGUCUGUCGCCUGGCAUCGAGCCCUCGCUGCCUUCCCCGUACCAGGCCCAUAAACUCACAGCAGAUCUCCAAGCUGCCCGCAGACAGAAGACGCCCCAGCUUCUGACACAAACCCAGCAAGCGAUGGCCAAUCAGACCGACAAGAACCUUGCCCCAACUUCUCAUGCAGGUAUUCCCAGAUCGAUCCCAGAGUCCGGGUCGCGAUCCUACGCGACAACUCCUACAAACCUAGACACUGGAUAUGUAUCCAAGCCCAAUGAUGUGAUCAAAGAUGGACAACAGAGGUCUCGCGGAACCUCAAUCUCGUCCAAGACCUCGAGUGAUUCGACGGGUUUGAUGGCUCCUCCAGGCGCACCGCCGACAUCCGCAGAGCAUCGCCCGCCACCUAACCCGGCUUCUCUUGCACAAGCAUUGAGGGCUGUCAACGAUGGCACCAACGAGCUGUCCUUGAAAGAUCGCCUUCCGCCCAAUGACUCUCCCUACACCAAGAGUAUCUCCUCCACGGCGCCUGCCUCGCCUCGAAUCCCACCCGUCCGACAGAAUUCUGGUACGCAGACUCCGAGAGUACGUCCUCAUGCUACAACGCUCAACAUCCCUGGCAUGACCAAGUCGACUAUAUCCCCAGAUGGAAAAAUUGCAGAUCGUGAUGUCGCCGCCAAGCUCGUCAUCAUCAUGGUUGGUCUGCCAGCCCGUGGCAAGUCGUACAUCACCAAGAAGAUCAAGCGCUACCUCUCAUGGCAACAGCAUAACACUAGAAUUUUCAAUGUCGGAAACAGGAGACGUAUUGCAGUUGACGUACAUUCGCCCGUCCAGCAAAAACACGAAAACCCCAUGGACACGCAUGCACAGGUCGCUCAAAUCCUCUUGAACGGCAAGGAAGCCAAAACCGAACCACCACCGCAAGAGAAAACGCACACGGAGCCUUCGGAUUGGAGCCUUGAUGACCCGAAGAAUGCAUCCCGCGUGGAUCAGUCGGCCAACUUUUUCGACCCCAAGAACCCGCAAGGCUCCAAGAUCCGAGACCAGCUUGCUAUUGAUACGCUGGAUGAGCUGCUGGACUACCUACUUACUGGAGGCGGCUCCGUUGGAAUUCUUGAUGCCACAAACAGCACCAUCGAACGUCGCCAGAGACUCUUUGAUCACAUCAAGGCAAGAGAGCCAAAGCUAGGCAUCCUCUUUAUUGAGAGUGUGUGCCAGAACCCAAAUAUUCUGGAAGCAAAUAUGCGCCUCAAGCUAUCAGGACCAGACUAUAGGGACAAGGACCCCGUCAAGUCUCUCGAGGACUUCAAAGCCCGUGUCAAACAGUACGAGAGUGCCUACGUGCCGUUGGGUGACUAUGAAGAGGAACAUGAGAUGCAGUACAUCAAGAUGAUUGACGUUGGCAAGAAACUGACUCAUUACGGUCUUGAGGGCUUUCUCUCUGGUGGCAUCGCCCACUAUCUCUCAUCAUUCAACCUGGCUCCUAGGCAAAUCUGGAUCACAAGACAUGGCCAAUCUGUGGACAACCAGCUUGGAAAGAUUGGCGGUAACUCAGAGCUAACUGAACGCGGGCAUCUCUACGCACAUGCGCUGUACAAGUUCAUCACAUACCAACGACAACAAUGGUUGGUCGAGGCAAAGAACAAGCUUGCUAAAUCGACCUUCCCACCGCUGCCCGGUGAUAGGUCGCCUCCUUAUCCCGAAAUGAACCGGGAGUUGGACGAGAAGAACACGUGCGUUUGGACGUCGAUGCUCAAGCGGAGUAUCCAGACAGCGGAGUAUUUCGAAGCAGACGAUGAUUACGACACCAAGGCCUUUGAAAUGCUGAACGAAUUGAACGCAGGCAAGUUCGAGGGCUUGACGUACGAAGAUAUUGCUCGCUCCCAUUCGGAUGAGUAUCAUAGACGACAAACCGACAAGCUACACUAUGUCUAUCCUGGCGUCGGUGGUGAAGGAUAUCUUCAGAUAAUAAGCAAGCUGAGGGACAUGGUUCGCGAGAUCGAACGCAUCAAGGAUCACCUUGUCAUCAUCGGUCAUCGGUCCGUGUGCCGGGUACUGAUGGCAUAUUUCAUGGACCUCACACGGGAUGACAUUGCCGAUCUCGACGUCCCCCUUGGCAUGCUCUAUGCAAUCGAGCCAAAACCAUAUGGCAUCGAAUUCCAUGCCUACAAAUACAACGAGCAGCAAGGCUGGUUUGACGAGCUGCCAAAUUACAAACCCGCCAAGACUGUCGACCAGAACGCUUGA